UACACCGUGUAUUGAGUCACAUAGAUGAGAUACGUGAUACGUUGAAAAAAGGAUGGCAAAUGAUGGAUAGUCGGCUUUAAAAUCAGUGAUAAUUUAUUUAAAUUGUGCUCUACUACUACAGGAUCUCGUUGGAUUAAUAACCUCCAUUUCGACGCAAAAUGUCUGGAUUUGAGGACGACAAUCCCUUCGGGGAACCCAAUAUAGGCGAUCCCUUUUCGCCGCCACCUCGGCAGCCAACUGCAACAAAUCCCAGUAGAGGUGUUGAUGAUUUUAGUAAUCCAUUUGCCAGUCCUGUUUCGCCAGUAACGACUCAAGUUCGCGGAGCCUCAAAUCCACCGCUCUAUGGAGGUGCUGGAGCCACACCACAACCAGCUACACUUCAGCCAACAAGUCAGGAAGUGCCACCCCCAAAUUAUGCACGCAGUGCUCAACAAACUGCUCCCCAGUCAUAUGGAAAUACCUUUUCUGCAACUGGAAAUAUGCAAAGCGAAGAAGAAUUCAAGGCAAGGAGGGACCAGGAAAUGCAAAAUUCUCCUUACUAUUCAAGACGAAACAACUGGCCACCUCUCCCAGAAAAAUGUUGCUUUCAACCCUGCUUUUACCAAGACAUUGACACCGAAAUUGAUGCCAACUUUCAGAGAAUCGUCAGACAACUUUAUCACCUCUGGCUGUUUCACGCACUAGUGAUGGUUUUAAACGUCUUCGGUGGAUUCUUCUUAUUGAUUCAUUCUGCAUCGUUUUCCACCUUCGGACUUAGUAUUCUUUACCUCAUCCUCUUUACGCCAUUCUCGUUUCUUUGCUGGUUCAGACCAGCCUACAAAGCUUUCAAGACCGACAGCUCUAUCAAUUUCAUGGUCUUUUUCUUUGUCUUCUUCUUUCAAAUCGUCGUUGCCUCUAUCCAAGCAUUGGGCAUUCCAGAUACUGGCUCAUGUGGCCUUUUUGUAGCUAUUUCUUGUUUUGACAAAACAAUGAAAGGCACGUUCGCGGGACUUUUUGCGCUAAUUGUUACUGCUGGAUUCACUCUCGCAGCAGUUGGAGAUUGUAUCUUGCUCUCGAAGGUACAUCGCAUUUAUCGAUCAUCAACCGCAAGUGUGCAAAAGGCACAACAAGAAUUCGCGACAACAUUUUUGAGAAACGAGCAUGUGCAAAAUGCAGCGAGCAAUGUAGCCGCAACUGCAGUUCGAUCCCAAAUGGACAACCUGACCCAACAACAACCGCGUUACUAAAUAAUAAUAAUAAUAAUUAAAAAAUUCUUUACUUCGAUAAGGUACAUUCUAUUUCCAUAGUAUUCAGUUAUUCGAUAAAUAUAAUUUUUUAUGCAUCAUGAAGCAUACUUAAACAUAGACUAAAUGCAGUGUGAUACAGGUUUACUUAUGAAAAAUAAGAGUGCAACGCGUGGAGAAUAUUUUUCUCUUUUCGAAUUCAUCGUCUCGCACAUAAUCAUUAAUAGGUUUCUAUUUGCCAAGAAUAUAUCAUGAUACAUAAGGGCUUUUAGUAUCUACAUAUAAUUUUUCCAUGUACGUAGUAUUUUAAAUUUCAUUUAUGUACAUUGAACUCUAAUCUUUACGUUUUCUCUAAGAGAGCAAAAUGCACAGUUCUAUGAUUUAUUUAUUAUUUUUUUUUUUU